CUGGCCCCUUUUGCUUUCCUUCCCGUCCCCUCCUCUGACCCUAACGCCAGAGUCGCGGGUCCUGCAGUGUCCCAGCAGCAGCACGUAUAACUUGCUCGGCGGGUAACUUACUCGACUUCGGAGUUCUUUUAACUCUUCAGGUAGAUUUCAAAUCCUCUAGAAGCCAAAAUGGAACACAGUAAACAGAUUCGAAUUUUAAUUCUAAACGAAAUGGAAAAGCUGGAAAGGACCCUCUUCAGACUCGAACAAGGGUUCGAACUACAGUUUCGACUGGGCCCAACUUUACAGGGAAAAGCAGUUACUGUGUAUACAAAUUACCCAUUUCCUGGAGAAACAUUUAAUCGAGGAAAAUUUCACCCCCUGGGUUGGGAAAAUCCAACUGAAAGAGAAGAUGAUUCUGAUAAAUACUGUAAACUUAACCUGCAGCAGUCUGGUUCAUUUCAGUACUAUUUCCUUCAAGGAAAUGAGAAAAGUGGUGGAGGUUACAUAGUUGUGGAUCCCAUUUUAUAUGUUGGCACUGAUAAUCACGUCUUACCCUUGGACUGUGUUACCCUCCAGACAUUUUUAGCCAAGUGUUUGGGACCUUUUGAUGAAUGGGAAAGCAGACUGAGGGUUGCCAAAGAGUCAGGUUACAACAUGAUUCAUUUCACCCCAUUGCAGACUCUUGGACUAUCUAGAUCGUGCUACUCCCUUGCCAAUCAGUUAGAAUUAAAUCCUGACUUUUCAAGACCUAAUAAAAAGUACACCUGGACUGAUAUUGGACAGCUGGUAGAAAAACUGAAAAAGGAAUGGAAUAUUCUUUGUAUUACUGAUGUUGUUUACAAUCAUACUGCUGCUAAUAGUAAAUGGCUCCAGGAACAUCCAGAAUGUGCAUAUAAUCUUGUGAAUUCUCCACACUUAAAACCUGCCUGGGUCUUAGACAGAGCAUUAUGGCAUUUCUCCUGUGCUGUCGCAGAAGGGAAAUACAAAGAGAAAGGAGUACCUGCUCUGAUUGAAAAUGAUCAGCACAUGAAUUGCAUUCGAAAAGUAAUCUGGGAGGAUAUUUUUCCAAAGAUUCAGCUCUGGGAAUUUUUCCAAGUAGAUGUUUACAAAGCAGUUGAGCAAUUUAAAAGACUACUUACACAAGAAAAUAAGAGGGUAACCAAGUCUGAUCCAAACCAACAUCUUACGAUUAUUCAGGAUCCUGAAUACAAACGGCUUGGCUGUACUGUAGAUAUGAACAUUGCACUAAGGACUUUCAUACCACAUGACAAAGGGCCCGCUGCAAUUGAAGAAUGCUGUAAUUGGUUCCGUAAAAGAAUUGAAGAAUUAAAUUUAGAGAAGCAUCAACUCAUGAACUAUCAUCAGGAGCAGGCAGUUAAUUGCCUUUUGGGAAAUGUGUUUUAUGAACGAAUGGCUGGCCAUGGUCCUAAACUAGGACCUGUCACGAGAAAACAUCCUUUGGUUACCAGGUAUUUUACUUUCCCCUUUGAAGAAAUGGCCUUCUCUACGGAAGAAUCUAUGAUUCAUGUUCCAAAUAAAGCUUGUUUUCUGAUGGCACAUAAUGGAUGGGUAAUGGGAGAUGAUCCUCUUCGAAAUUUUGCUGAACCAGGUUCAGAAGUUUAUUUAAGGAGAGAACUUAUUUGCUGGGGAGACAGUGUCAAAUUACGCUAUGGAAAUAAACCAGAGGAUUGUCCUUAUCUCUGGGCACACAUGAAAAAAUACACUGAAAUAACUGCAACUUAUUUCCAAGGAGUGCGUCUUGAUAACUGCCACUCAACACCUCUCCAUGUCGCUGAGUACAUGUUGGAUGCUGCUAGGAAACUGCAACCCAAUUUAUAUGUAGUAGCUGAACUGUUCACAGGAAGUGAAGACCUGGACAAUAUCUUCGUUACUAGACUGGGCAUUAGUUCCCUAAUAAGAGAGGCAAUGAGCGCCUCUGACAGUCACGAAGAGGGCCGACUAGUUUACCGAUACGGGGGAGAACCUGUUGGAUCCUUUGUUCAGCCCUGUUUGAGGCCUUUGAUGCCAGCUAUCGCACAUGCCCUGUUUAUGGAUAUUACCCAUGAUAAUGAGUGUCCCAUCGUGCACAGAUCAGCGUACGAUGCUCUCCCAAGUUCCACAGUUGUUUCCAUGGCGUGUUGUGCCAGUGGAAGCACGAGAGGCUAUGAUGAAUUAGUACCUCAUCAGAUUUCAGUGGUUUCUGAAGAAAGAUUUUACACGAAGUGGAAUCCUGGAGCAUUGCCAUCAAAUACAGGUGAAGUUAAUUUCCAGAGUGGCAUUAUUGCAGCCAGGUGUGCUAUCAAUAAACUUCAUCAAGAGCUUGGAGCCAAGGGUUUUAUUCAGGUGUAUGUGGAUCAAGUUGAUGAAGACAUAGUGGCAGUAACAAGACACUCGCCUAGUAUCCAUCAGUCUGUUGUUGCUGUAUCUAGAACUGCUUUCAGAAAUCCUAAGACGUCAUUUUAUAGCAAGGAAGUGCCUCAAAUGUGCAUCCCUGGCAAAGUUGAAGAAGUAGUUCUUGAAGCUAGAACUAUUGAGAGAAAUACAAAUCCUUAUAGGAAGAAUGAGAAUUCAAUCAAUGGAAUGCCAAAUAUCACAGUAGAAAUCAGAGAACACAUUCAGCUUAAUGAAAGUAAAAUUGUGAAACAAGCUGGAGUUGCCACAAAAGGGCCCAAUGAAUAUAUUCAAGAAAUAGAAUUUGAAAACUUGUCUCCAGGAAGUGUUAUUAUAUUCAGAGUUAGUCUUGAUCCACAUGCACAAGUCGCUGUUGGAAUUCUUCGAAAUCAUCUAACACAGUUCAGUCCUCACUUUAAAUCUGGAAGCCUUGCAGUUGAAAACUCAGAUCCUAUAUUAAAAAUUCCUUUUGCAUCUAUUGCCUCUAAAUUAACUUUGGCUGAACUGAAUCAAGUACUAUACCGAUGUGAAUCAGAAGAACAGGAAGAUGGUGGAGGGUGCUAUAACAUACCAAAUUGGUCAGCCCUUAAAUACGCAGGUCUCCAAGGAUUAAUGUCUGUACUGGCAGAAAUAAGACCAAAGAAUGACCUGGGGCAUCCUUUUUGUGAUAAUUUGAGAUCUGGAGAUUGGAUGAUUGACUAUGUCAGUAGCCGGCUCAUUUCAAGAUCAGGAACUAUUGCUGAGGUUGGCAAAUGGUUGCAGGCCAUGUUCUUCUACCUGAAGCAGAUCCCACGUUACCUUAUCCCAUGUUACUUUGAUGCUAUAUUAAUUGGUGCAUAUACCACUCUUCUGGAUAUAGCAUGGAAGCAGAUGUCAAGCUUUGUUCAGAAUGGUUCGACCUUUGUGAAACACCUUUCGCUGGGUUCAGUUCAAAUGUGUGGAGUGGGAAAAUUCCCUUCUCUGCCACUCCUUUCCCCUUCACUUGUAGAUGUACCGUACAGGCUAAAUGAAAUCACAAAAGAAAAGGAGCAAUGCUGCGUUUCUCUGGCCGCAGGCUUGCCUCAUUUUUCUUCUGGUCUUUUCCGCUGCUGGGGAAGGGAUACUUUUAUUGCACUUAGAGGCACACUGCUGAUUACUGGACGCUAUCUAGAGGCCAGGAAUAUUAUUUUAGCAUUUGCUGGUACCCUGAGGCAUGGUCUCAUUCCUAAUCUCCUCGGUGAAGGAACGCAUGCCAGAUACAAUUGCCGGGAUGCUGUGUGGUGGUGGCUGCAGUGUAUUCAAGAUUACUGCAGAAUGGUUCCCAAUGGUCUUGACAUCCUCAGGUGCCCGGUAUCCAGAAUGUAUCCUACAGAUGAUUCUGCUCCUUUGCCUGCUGGCAUACAGGAUCAGCCACUGUUUGAAGUAAUACAGGAAGUCAUGCAAAGACACCUGCAGGGCAUACAGUUCCGGGAAAGGAAUGCCGGUCCGCAGAUCGAUCGGAACAUGAAGGAUGAAGGGUUUAAUAUAACUGCAGGGGUUGAUGAAGAAACAGGAUUUAUUUAUGGUGGAAAUCGCUUUAAUUGUGGCACAUGGAUGGAUAAAAUGGGAGAAAGUGACCGAGCUAGAAACAGAGGAAUCCCAGCCACACCAAGAGAUGGGUCUGCUGUGGAAAUUGUGGGCCUGAGUAAAUCUGCUGUUCGUUGGUUGCUCGAAUUAUCCAGAAAAAACAUUUUCCCUUAUCAUGAAGUCACAGUUAAAAGACAUGGAAAACAAGUAACGGUCUCAUAUGAUGAAUGGAACAGAAAAAUACAAGACAACUUUGAAAAGCUAUUUCAUGUUUCAGAAGACCCCUCAGAUUCAAUUGAAAAGCACCCAGAUCUGGUUCACAAGCGUGGCAUAUACAAAGACAGUUACGGCGCUUCCUGUCCCUGGUGUGACUACCAGCUAAGGCCUAAUUUUACCAUAGCAAUGGUCGUGGCCCCUGAGCUCUUUACUGUAGAAAAAGCCUGGAAAGCUUUGGAGAUUGCAGAGAAAAAAUUGCUUGGUCCCCUUGGUAUGAAAACUUUAGAUCCAGAUGAUAUGGUUUACUGUGGAGUUUAUGACAACGCCUUAGACGAUGACAACUAUAAUCUUGCUAAAGGUUUCAAUUAUCACCAAGGACCUGAGUGGCUGUGGCCUGUUGGGUAUUUUCUUCGUGCAAAAUUAUAUUUUUCCCGAAUGAUGGGUCCAGAAACUAGUGCAAAGACUAUAUUUUUGGUUAAAAAUGUUCUUUCUCGACAUUAUGUUCAUCUUGAGAGAUCCCCUUGGAAAGGACUUCCAGAACUGACCAAUGAGAAUGGCCAGUACUGUCCUUUCAGCUGUGAAACACAAGCCUGGUCAAUUGCUACUGUUCUUGAGACACUUUAUGAUUUAUAAUUGGUUCAUGGAUAUUUAUUAAGUAUGCAGUCGCUUAUGGAAUACAAGGUCAUAAGAUAAUACAAAUGCCUUAUAUACACAGACUCAAGUCAUCUUAAAAAUCUCAUUUAUUAUAAUAUCGAUGCCCAAUUAGGUAAGAUUAUGAAAGCAUUGAUUUUUUGGUUUUUUGAGGGUUUUUCAAAAAUGUACAGAGGUAGCUUUCCAUUAGAAUCAAGAAGACACAUUAUAAUUACCAAUGGAAGGUUUCCUUUUGAGUUCAGUAAAUAUUCUAAAAUGCCUAGAAAUGAAUUUGAAAAGGAGCCAUCACCUAAUCUAUUUGUACA